GGUCAUCUCCUGUACCGUGUCCGCAGUCUCUGGUCAUCUCCUGUACCGUGUCCGCAGUCUCUGGUCAUCUCCUGUACCGUGUCCGCAGUCUCUGGUCAUCUCCUGUACCGUGUCCGCAGUCUCUGGUCAUCUCCUGUACCGUGUCCGCAGUCUCUGGUCAUCUCCUGUACCGUGUCCGCAGUCUCUGGUCAUCUCCUGUACCGUGUCCGCAGUCUCUGGUCAUCUCCUGUACCGUGUCCGCAGUCUCUGGUCAUCUCCUGUACCUAUGUCCGCAGUCUCUGGUCAUCUCCUGUACUGUGUCCGCAGUCUCUGGUCAUCUCCUGUACUGUGUCCGCAGUCUCUGGCCAUCUCCUGUACUGUGUCCGCAGUCUCUGGUCAUCUCCUGUACUGUGUCCGCAGUCUCUGGUCAUCUCCUGUAGUAUGUCCGCAGUCUCUGGUCAUCUCCUGUACUGUGUCCGCAGUCUCUGGUCAUCUCCUGUAGUAUGUCGCAGUCUCUGGUCAUCUCCUGUAGUAUGUUUGCAGUCUCUG